AUGCCUCCCAAGUUCGAUCCCUCCGAGGUGAAGGUCAUUCACCUCCGUGCGACCGGUGGUGAAGUCGGUGCCUCAUCCGCGCUCGCCCCCAAGAUCGGUCCCCUCGGUCUCUCGCCCAAGAAGGUCGGUGAAGAUAUCGCCAAGGCCACUGGUGACUGGAAGGGUCUCCGUGUCACCGUCAAGUUGACCAUCCAAAACCGUCAAGCCGCCGUUUCCGUCGUUCCCUCCGCUUCCUCCCUCGUUAUCAAGGCCCUCAAGGAGCCUCCCCGGGACCGCAAGAAGGAGAAGAACAUCAAGCACACCAAGAGCGUUCCCCUCGAUGAGAUCAUCAGCAUUGCCCGUACCAUGCGCUUCAAGUCCAUGGCCAAGUCUCUGCAGGGUACCGUUCUUGAGAUCCUCGGAACUGCCUUCAGCACUGGCUGCAAGGUUGACGGCCGUAGCCCCAAGGAUGUCUCUGACGACAUCAAGGCUGGCGAGAUUGAGAGUAUGUUAUACCCGGCAACUUGCGAAACUCAAUCACUAACAAAGCGCAGUUCCUGA